AUGGUAAAGGAAGAAUUGAUGGAGUUAAGUGAUGUUCAUUUCUUAAAAAGGAUGAAAGAUCUGUCACUACUACGUAGAUGGCACAAGCAGCAUUUUGGGGAUAUAACUGAGAGAAUAAAGAGGUUUGAGAAAGAAAUCAAGAAGGUGGAUGAUAUGGUUAGUAGUGGACGAUAUGAUGGUACAAUGGAGGCAAGGAGGAGGGCAUUAGUCAGGUGCUGUGAAAAGUGGUAUGUGAGGCAGGAUGUUCACUGGAACCAAAUGUUCAGAUCUCGGCAUGCUAAUGAGAUAGAUAGGAACACAAGGUGCUACCAUAAUAUAGCCUCGAUGAUAAGAAGGAAUAACAGGAUUGAGUCUUUGGAAGACUCUCCAAGAGUGACCUUCAGGGAUGGAUUGGUUAAUUGGCUAGAGAGGGGAGAAGCUGAAGCCCUAGAGGUGUUACCGUUAGUGGAGGAAGUAAAAGAAGUAGUUUGGAAUUGUGAAUCUUCUAAGACUCCAGGGAGUGACGGGUACAACAUGAAUUUUAUAAAAAAGUGCUGGAAUGAGUUUGGAACAGAAUUCACUGCAGCUGUGAUGAGCUUUCUUGAGACAGCAAAAUUACUAAAGGACUCUAAUAUCACAUGGGUAGCGUUGGCUCCGAAAUUUGUUGGGGCGAAUGAGAUAAAAGAUCUCAUACCUAUCAGCAUGGUUGGGUGUGUUUAUAAAGUUAUCUCUAAGUUGUUGACACGAAGGAUGAGGAGUGUAAUGCCAGGUUUAGUUGGAGAAUCGCAGAGUGCUUUUGUGAAGGGGAGAAAGAUACACGAUGGAGCUUUAAUUGCAUGUGAAACUGUACAAUGGUUGAAAGUGAAAAAGAAGGCAUCAGUGAUCAUCAAGCUGGACUUUCAAAAAGCCUAUGAUAGAGUUAAAUGGAACUUUAUUGAUACCGUGAUUAUAGGGGAGGCGGUAAGGAACAGUCGCAUAUCUCUACUCUUAGUUGGUCGGAAUAAUAUAGAGUUAUCACACUUACAAUUUGCUAAUGACACUAUAUUAUUCUGUCCGCUAGAGAAGGAGACAAUCAUGAACUAUAAGAGGCUGCUGAGGUGCUUUGAAAUGAUGUCUGGGUUGAGCAUUAACUUUGAGAAGUCCAACUUGAUACCAGUAAACUACAAUCAAGAGUGGGUGGAACGGAUGUGUCAGCUACUGGGUUAUCAGGAGGCAGCCUUUCCGGUGAGGUGUGAUGUGCCUGGAUCUCGGAGUUUGGACAGAAGUGGACUGCACCCGCUAUAUGGAACAUUUGGUUACGACGGAAUGAUGUCAUUCUUCAUAACAAGACAACAAGGGUUGUAG